AUGCCGGAUAUUGGCAGUCAAGGGCGAUGGAGUGAGGUGGUCCACUUGCAGGAUGUCCUGGCCCUGGAUGCUGGAGGGUGCAAGCCUAAGGUGCUGCUGCCGCCCUGGGCGUGCCAAGGGACAGAGGCGAGCAGGUUUGUCCUGGCCACCUCCAGAGUCAGAUCAAGAUUUGAGGUGAGCUGGGGCAGUGGUACCGUGAGCAGGUGUGGAGCUGAAGCUUGGAGAGAGCAGCUGCCAAAGCGGACCGUGGGGAACGUAUUGACAUCUGAGGUCCCCAAGGCCGAUUCCGAUCCCUGCAGUCACCGAUGCUACCGCUUUUCCCAGAAUCUGCCCUUCCACGUCAGGGAGCAGCAGUUGGAAGAUGUGUUGAAGCGUCUUCAUCAGUGGAGUGUUGUGACAGCACAAUGCAGCAACCCUGGAACCCUCACUGCAGCACAGCUCAGUAAGCCUGGUGCUGGGAUAACCCUGGAACCCUCAGAGGAGGCCAAGCCCCACACCAAAAAGAGCCUGUUGGAGUGCUGGCCUGGAUUUGGGAGGAGCCAAGUAGCCUGGAGCAGUGAGGUUUCUCCUGUCAGAAAUCCAUGCUGGGGAUGUUUUCCCUGGCUGUCCCAAGGGGAAGGAACAGCUCUGGAGUUUUUGCAGCCACAGGCUGGGGAUGCAUCCCCUGAAAACCAGUUCAGGAUCGUUCAUCUGACUCUGUCCCUGACCUGUGGCUUCCAGGGAGCCUUCUGGUCUUCUGGAUAUUCCCAGGAGAGGAUAUUCCACCACCUGACUUUUAAGCCAGGAAUUCCAAACCCAGAUGAGGAAGCCAGGCCUGCUGAGGAGGAAGAUGAGGAGGUGUGGGAGGAUGGAGACAGCGGCCACCAAAGACUGGGGAAGGCACAGAUCCAGAUGCUGGGAUUGCCUCUGUGGACAUGUGCUGAGCUCUCCCUGCAGGGAACUGUCAGGCCUUAACAGCUGUGAGGUUGUGUUCUUCUCAGUGGGGAACUGGAAAUAAUUAUUAAUUAAUUGAUUGCAGAAAUGUUUUCUGAACCUUUCCCCUUUCCUGGUAGAUCUUCUCUCUCUGCCUCUGAAUUUACAGCUGUUCCCUGGUGUCAUUGGCCCUGCCUGAAUUCCUUGCAGCUCCUCACUGGGAAAACCUGGGAUAACUUCGAGGGGACAGAGGAGACAUUUUUAGCUGAAAACCUGGGGUGACUGAGAGGGGACACAAGAAUUGUUUGUGUAGGAAAAUGGGAGGGGAUGUCGAGGGGAGCGAGGUGGCAUUUUUGAGGGAAAAGCUGAGGUGAUGUUUAGGGGAGAGAAUGCACAUUUUUGGGGUGGAAGAGAGUUAAUAUUGUACAGGAAGGAAAAACUGGGGGGUAAAACUUGAUGUAAUCUGUAGGGGACAGAAUGAAUAUUUUGGAGCAAAAACGAGGUACUCAGUAGUAGACAAAUAAGGAAAAUUUUGGAGGCAAAACUUGACAAAAUCUCACGAGUAGAGAAAGAACACUUUGAGGGAAAGAUGAGGUGAUGAGUACUGAGCAUGUGGGGAAAAUUUGGGGGCUAAAUCUGAGCUAAUCUCUAGGGAAGAGCAUGAACACACUGAGGUAACAUGAGGGAAUCAGUUGUGGGCAGAUAGGGAAACUUGUGUAAAAAUAAUAUUAAAUAAGCUGUAGAAAGAACAUUUUGAGGUAAAAAUGAGGUAAGCAGUAGUAGACAGAUGGAAAACUUUGGGGGUAAAUCUUGAUAGAAGCUACAUGGUAGAAAGGAAAUAAAUAUUGAAGGAAGAAUGAGGGAAUCAGUAGUGGACAGGUAGGGGAAUUUUGGGGGGUCAAACUUGAAAUAAUCUAAAGGUUGAGAAUGAAUCUUUUUAGGUAAAAAUGAGGUAAUAAGUUGUGGACAGGUAAGGAAAAUUUUGGGGGUUAAACUUGAGGUAAUCUCUAGGGAGAGUGUGACCACUGACAUAAACUGAGGCAGUCACUGGGGCUAGGCAAGGAAAUUUGGGGUGUAAAACUUGGGAAGAUCUGUAGGGCAAAGAAUGAACAUAUUGAGGAAGCAAUGAGGUGAUCAGUAGUCAAGAUGAGGUAGAAUGUGGGGGGAAAACCCUGAGGUAAUUAUGUAGGAACCAUAAGUGGUUUUGAGAAAAAAUCUGAGCUAAUUUGUAGGGGACAGAAUGAACAUUUUGGGGGUAAGACACAUAACCUGCAUGGUUUUGGUUUUAAAAUCUAGUCAGUGUACAGGGGACAAAAUAGACAUUUUGGUAAUAAAAUCCGAGUUCAUCUGUAGAAGACAGAACUCGUGUUUUGAGGUAAAAAGGAGGUGAUCAGAAUUGGGCAGGUAGGGAAAACUGAGGGGGUAAAAUGUGAGGUCAUCUCUAGGACAGAGCAGGAACAUCCUGAGGUAAACUGAGGGAAUUGCUGGGGACAGGUGGGUAAAUCUGGGGGGUAAAACUUGAGGGAAUCUCCAUGGUAGAAAAUGAGUAUUUGGAGGUAAAAAUAAAGUACUCAGUGGUGGAGACGUAUGGAAAAUUUUGGGGGUAAAAUCUGAGGUGAUCUGUAGCAGAGAGAAUGCACUUGAUAGGGUAAACUGAGGUAAUCACUUACGGACAGGUAGGGAAGUUCGGAGGGGUAAAAAUUGAAAGCAUCUGUAGGGCAAAGAAUGAAAAGAUUGAGGUGGAAAUGAGGAAAGAGGUAGUGGACAGGUGGGGAAAGUUUUGGGGGCAAAUCUUGUGGUAAUCUCCAGAGCAGAGAAAGAAUGCUUCCUUGUAAAAAAUGAGGAACUCAGAAGGAGACAGAUGGGGACAUUUUGGGGGUAAAAUCUCAGGUCAUCUCAAGGUGAGGGAAGGACUAUGUUGAGGUAAACUCAGGACUCACUGUGUCCUCCUUCCUUGGCAGCAGCUGGCAGGGAAGGGAGAAGAGGCCUCGGGCUGGAGAGGGGCAGGAGAAAGGCACUGUGGGCAAAGGCACCUCCCUGGCAUCCCCAGGGCACCUGUGGGGAACACAGUGGACACUUUGGGAGCAAAGGGAGGCGAUAGCAUUCUCCCUUUGGGGGAUGCUGGCAUUUGGAUCAUUCCAUCCAUUUGCCUGCUGAAAUUUCCCAGCCCAGGGGCUUUGGCUGCCAGGGCAGCACAAAGAUUGUUCCCUGUGUGGUGCCCAGAUUUGGGGUUCAGCUUUGCUAGUUCAGAUGAAUUCUACCCAAAGCCCUGAAUUCCCUGCUGAAUUGCCACUGGAAUAGCCUCCCAGUGCCUCCUGGAGCAUGGAUAUUCCCAUGCAGAGCUGCCUAUUUAACACCAGGUGUGUCAGGAACCAGCAGAGCUUCCAGGGAAGCUCAGCAGGGUCAGGGCAAGGACAGCUUCAUGUUCCAUAGAAUUUGCUGUUUGUAACCCUCAUCCCCCAGCCCCCCCAUGUCCCUGGGGGCACCUGACAGAGUUCCCUGGAAUUCAGCUGCCUGCACCCCCCGAGCUGGAGCUCCAGGUGAUAUUUUAAAGCAGGAGAAGGCGCUGGCUGGACACGCUCCCAGCCCGUGCUGAGGCAGCCCCUGUGCCCUUCUCUCCCUGCAGGAGCUGAUUUCAUUCCAGAGCCUCAGGAGUGGCCUCUGCAAGUUCUUUUCCCUCAGGAAAGGGAUGCACAUCCCUGCCUUCAGGGCGCCUGCAGUGGGAGCCACCUGGGAAAGCUUUCCAUCAGUUGUGCAGUUCCAGCUAGCUCCCCAAAAUCUCCCAACUCAAUCCAAAGCGAUUUCUCUGACUCUGACCUUUCAUUUGAAGGCAUCUCUGAGGGCAUUGCUUGGCAUUUCAUUGCUGUGGGGGAAGCUUGCCUUGGCUUUAACGCUGCUGAGGGAUGAUAUCCUCAGGCUGGGAGGGAAGGCAUUUUGGGUGGCUGGGACAUAGCUGGCAGGUGUGUGGGAGGUCAGCACCGGGAAUUGCUGUCUGAGCCCCUCUGCAAACAGCCCGUGCUGACAUUCCCCAGUGCCAGCUGUUCCUUGGGGUAUUUUUGGGGUGUCAGUGGGGUCUGUCGGGGCUGAAGCAUCUCCGGGUGCUUGUUCAGAGCGGCCCCUGGCCAAGGGGCCACGGGCAGCCCUUUAUCCAUGUCCAUCCCAGUGCUGCCUAGGCAGCCCAGUGCCCGUUCCCGGCAUGUGUGUUCGGCACGCUGCAUGCCACGGGCAGGACACUGCAGGCACAGCUCCUCUCUGCAAAUCCAAAGCACAAGAGCUGCUGCUUCCCUUCCUGGGGCUCCCGGCCUUCUCCCUCCCCCCAUUCCCUGCCAGCUGGGACACAACGGAGGGAGCACCAAGGAACACUCCUGGCAGGGAGCAGGAGUCGCUGAGAGCUGUGUGCAGCUCUGGGCCGGAAAAGCUGGCCCGGCCUCAGCAGCCCCUGGGAUUUUGGGCUGUGAACACUCACCUGUGGGAAAGGCCCCUCUGCAGGCAGGAGCAACCCUGACACUCUCCAGAAGAGCUUUGGCCGUAGACCAAGUGAACCCUCAGGACUUACCUUGCUCAUUUCUCCCUGGAAAGGGCCAUGGAACGAGCACCUUUACAGCUGUUAGGUAAAUCCUAGAAAGGGCAGGAAAUCAGGGUUAUGGGAAGAGUUCAGUGCUGUCACACAACUGCUCACCUGUGUUGUUCCAUGAUCAGGUGCUGGCCAUGGAGGUCUGCCCUGUGGCCAUUGCAGGGGCUGGUGUGUAAAGCAGCAUUAGCAUAAAAGAAGGAGCUGUAUUUGCAUAGGAAUGAACCUUGCUGGCACUUGGCAUUCCUAUCCCAGGCAGGACAUUGCCAGGAGCUGAGAUUGGCUUAGUUGGAGCAGGGUGCUGAGAAUGGCCAGGUGUGGGUUCAAUCGCCAGAGGAGCCAUUCACAUAAGGGUUCGACUUGGCGGUCCUUGUGUAUCCAUUCCCACUCAGGAUGUCCUGUGCUCUGGAAAUAAAGAAGAAACAUUUUUCACUGGC